AUGAUCAAGAUUUGUAUGGUGAUUGCUAUUGUGAUAACAGUAUGUACUUCUGCUGUGAAACAUAAGAAAGAAACCGCAGUUUUUGAUCCGUUUCCAGAAAGUUCUUACACGUCUUAUAGUCACUACAAUGGAAAUGAAGAUCAUGGACACGUUGACUACGACACCGGUAAAGCUACUGGUGCUGAAUUAGCUAGUCUCGCACAUAACUCAGCUUUACAAGCUAAUAAUGCAGUACAAAGUCAACAUACAGCUGGAAGUCAAGCUGCUUUCGGAAUAAAAAGCAGUUUAGCCAGUGCUGCUCAAGGGGCCGCGCAAGCCGCUCAAGCCGCUUUAGUAGGUAAACGAGCUCUGGCUAGUAAUUUGAAGAGACAGUUAGUCGAAGCCCAACAACAGCUUCAAGGUGAAGUAGCUUUAUAUCAACAAACCCAAGCUACAGCCCAAGCUGCCGAAAGUACCGCCCACCAAGCCCAAUCUCAACUGAAUUCGUUAACAGCGGCAGUAACAGCAGCCCAAGAAGGAGCCCAACAAGCCAGUCGGGCAGCUAGAGACGCAGCUCAAGCUGCAGCCGCGCAACACGCAAUGGUCGUCGAAGCCAAACAACGUAUUAGUCAGUUGUCUUCUCAGCUUCAGAAUUGUAUAGCUGAUUUGCAACAGACUGAAGCGGCGGCAGAAAAAGCCUCCGCCGCGGCUCAUUUAGCUCAAUCGAACGCUGCGGCUGCCGGAGCCGCAGCUGCAGGUCACGGCAAACACUACGGAGGAUUUCACUAA